CUUGGUUGACCCUAAACUCAUUUAAAGUUUUUCUCGAAUGUUUCUUUCCAUUUUUCAGAAGAAAAAAAAGCAUAAAACAUACACAAAUGACAUCGGUACAUUUUAAGCCUGGGCUAGAUUCCAAGGAAGUUAAUGGGCAAGUGAAUAACAUUCAAUUAAAGUUACUAACACUUCACCGGCAUCAUGACCUUUUCUCCCCCAUCUUUAAAUGAGUGAUUCAGCAACACUCAGAGGCUGUGAUUAAGAAAUUACAGUAAGAGCUGGUGUUGUAAAGCGUUUGAAAGCCUUUUUGAACAAUGCAUAUUUUUAAUUGUGUCAUCUUCUCAUAUUUUUGUGUUUCUGUUAUAUGUGGUCCAGUAAUGGAAUGAAAGAGGAAGCAGAGGUGCAGAUCGAUGAUGGAAAGGAACAGAGUGAGGAGCCAGACACCAUGCACCAUCGUAUCCGAAAGACAAUAGCUCCUUUUGUGAUGUCCUUUGGAUUUCGUGUUUUUGGUCUGGUACUAAUCAUCGUGGACAUUGUACUGGUCAUUGCGGAUUUGUCAUUAUCUAACAAGAGCUGUGAGGCUGAAAGUGCAUUGGAGGCCAUUUCCCUCGCCAUCUCCUUCUUUUUCCUCAUUGAUGUGCUACUCCGUGUUUAUAUAGAAGGAUUCAAGGUGUAUUUCAGCUCAAACCUGAAUAUUAUAGAUGCUGGUAUUGUGGCCAUUACGCUGGUGGUCACCAUGAUCUACACAUUCUCCGAUCUCUCAGGAGCCAGCCUGAUUCCCAGGGUGGUCACGUUCCUUAGAUCUCUGAGGAUCGUUAUUCUGGUACGCAUUUUCAGACUGGCCUCUCAGAAGAAAGAGCUCGAAAAGGUCACCAGGAGAAUGGUGUCCGAAAACAAAAGACGGUACCAAAAAGAUGGGUUUGAUUUGGACCUCACAUAUGUCACAGAAAGAGUCAUUGCCAUGUCAUUUCCAUCUUCUGGUAAGCAAGCGCUCUAUCGGAACCCCAUCAGAGAGGUUGCUAGAUUCCUGGACACCAAACAUCUCGAUCAUUACAAGGUGUAUAAUCUCUGUAGUGAGAACAGUUACGACCCAAAAUUCUUUCACUACAGAGUGGACCGUGUUCCGAUAGAUGACCACAAUGUGCCAUCGCUUGAGGACAUGCUGCGGUACACGGCCAGUGUUAGGGAGUGGAUGGCAUUAGAUUCAUGGAAUGUGAUCGCCAUUCAUUGCAAAGGAGGGAAAGGACGAACUGGGACUAUGGUGUGUACGUGGCUCAUUGAUAAUGACCAGUUUGAGAGUGCACAGGAGAGUUUGGACUACUUCGGGGAAAGACGGACUGAUAAAAGUAUUAGUUCUAAGUUCCAGGGUGUUGAAACUCCCUCUCAGAGCAGGUACGUUGGGUAUUAUGAGAUCAUGAAAAACCAAUACAACCGUCAGCUGCCACCUCAGAAGAGCCUGAGGAUAACGGGCAUUCAAAUUCACUCCAUCAGAGGUGUGGGGAAUGGUAACGGCAGUGACCUGAAAGUGAGGAUCAUUGUGAAACGAGAACUGGUCUUCCAGUGUGUUUGUGCCAGACAGGUGAAUUGUGCAAUGUUUUCUGACACUAGUAACAAUGCAGUGGUGAUCAGUUUUCAGGAAGGGCCUGUUGUGACUGGAGAUGUGAAGGUCAUGUUUGAGUCCAGUGCUGGUCUGCCAAAGUGUUACAAGGACUGUCUGUUCUAUUUCUGGUUCAACACCUCUUUUGUAGAGAACAACAGGCUCCAUCUCUCAAGGGAAGAGCUGGACAAUCCACACAAAACGAAGACCUGGAACAUCUAUAAGGAGGACUUUGGUGUGACAUUGUCCUUCACAGACCCUUGAUGAAUAAAAUGUCCUGACAGUUCAUUGCUAUUCACUGGGCCAUUAAAUAUGUGUAAUGAUGUGUUAUUGUUUACCAUUUUCAUAGGCUCUUAUUUAAAAUGAGAAAAGGAAUAUAAAGGGGUUGUGCCUAUUUAUCCCUCUUUAUGUAUAGUACUGUGUAAAAGUAUUUGCCCCAUCCUCAUUUCUUCUGUUUGUGUAUGUCUCAUUCUAAAUGGUUUCAAAUAUUUAAACAAAUUCUAACAUAAAAACAAAGGCAAUCUGA